CCUGGUUUGGUUUGUGAAAGUGUAACUUUCACGUUCAUCUCCUUCUUCCUUCGUCCCUUUCUUCCUUCCCAAGUUGGGACACUGGCUACUAAUUCAGACACCCACCCUUCAAAUUUUUCCAAGGUAAAAACAAAACGGAAAAAGAAAAAGGCUAUCGUUUUUUCUCUGUUUGAGAAAAUUUAGCCUGCCCCCAAUUUGAUGGCUGCUAGAAAGCUAGUGCGAGAUUUGCACCUUUACAGACAACCCUUCUUUCAUCAGCUGACCCCCCAACAACAGGUUUCAAGCACGAGAAUUCGGUUGAUUUCAGCUAAUGGGUAUUCGGCGAGUCGUCGAUUCAGUGUCUUCAAUGAAUUUUCGAAGCAAGUCAAAGGCGAAGCUACCAAGAAUCCAGAAUUUCAACAGUCAGUUAAGGAGCUGAAAGAGAAAGCAGAAGAGCUGAAAGGCGUUAAAGAAGACCUGAAAGUGAGAACGAAGCAGACAACAGAGCAGCUAUACAAGCAGGUGGAUGGUGCGUGGACAGAGGCUGAAGCAGCAGCAAAGAAGGUUUCUGCCAAUGUAAAAGAGAAGAUCACGGCUGCCACAGAGGAGGUCAAAGGAACCUUUGGAAUUGGGAACGAACAGGCUUCAGGGCCUUCUGGUGCUAAAUCUGAGAAUUUCGCUGAUGCAGAAGAUGUAACAAAUGCCUCAUCUGGGGAACAGAAACGCCAGGAGUCAGGGUCUAGUAAUACUGAAGAAACAUUAUUUGGCAAAUUUAGGUCAAGUGUCUCUUCCUCGUAUUUUUCCUCUGCUUUCUCUAGAGUUAAGGAAGCAAAGUUUAUUGACAUGGCUAAAAAGGGAUAUGACAUUGUAAAGGAUGAGUUAAGUGGUAAUCCAACUAAGAGAAAGCACCUGGAGUACGAUCCUUCUACCACCCCUCAAGUUGAAGUAAGUACAAGAACGGACAUUGUUGCUGUACCCCAAUCUCGCUGGAGUAAAAAGUGGGAGGCUUUCAGAAUGAAGAUGCAAGGUAAUCCUAUAUUCAAGCGUUUUGAUGAAUUACGUAAACCUGUUACGUCAAAAACCCAGGAGAUUGCUGAGGACAUGCGGGAACAUUGGGAGACAAGCGAUAGUCCAAUUGUUCACAAAAUUCAGGAUUUAAAUGAAACUAUUUUUCAAGAAACAGAUACUGCUGCAUCAAUCAAGGAGAUACGCCGCCGAGAUCCAUCCUUCUCUUUACCAGACUUUGUGGCAGAAGUACAGGAUGCUGUCAAACCUGUGCUUAAUGCUUACAUCAAGGGAGAUGUUGAGACAUUGAAGAAGUAUUGUAGCAAGGAGGUGAUUGAGCGGUGUAAAGCUGAGCAUGAUGGUUUCCGAAGCCAUGGAAUCUUUUUUGAUCACAAGAUUCUACAUAUAUCUGAUGCAGAAGUAAGAGAGACGAAAAUGAUGGGAGACUCUCCCAUAAUCAUUGUAAUGUUCCGAACACAGCAAGUGUAUUGUGUACGUGAUAAAAAUGGUGCAGUAACAGAUGGUGGCAAGGACACAAUCCACACUGUGUAUUAUGCCUGGGCCAUGCAACAGGUGGAUCCUGAAGAACUUGGUGAAGGUGCUAUUUACCCUAUAUGGAGGGUAAGAGAGAUGCAGCAAUUUGGAGUUCAAGCCCUUAUUUAGUUCACAAAAUUCUGACCAUAUCGAUGGACGUUGUAGCAUUUUUAUUGCUCAAAAUGUCUUUUUGUUUCUUUUUUCUCGUGUUAGAACUUCUCUGGGUUUUGUUAUUCACUGCCAGGAAGUUCUGUAGUAGAUUACUUCUCAUUUUGU